AACAACCUGACGGGUAUGGCGUGUGUGUAGCAUAGCAGGAUCUAGUGAGUAGGAUUGUUUUGACUGAUUUCUUCGAAGAACACUUGUUUGUAAUCUCUUUACAUUUAUAAGGUCGAUGGAUUCGAAGUUGACCUAAAUUUUUCCGGGACAAGAGAAGAACUGCGCUCCUCCCGACAAACAAGUACUAGACGGUAUAAGCUACGACAGAUAUCAAGACAAGCUGUCACCUUCGAACCUGACCCUGGUAAAGACACCUCUAACCCAGAAUGGAAGUAGUAGGCGUCAGUCGCUCGUAACGUAUUGGGAAUUCAAGAUCGAUAUACGGUCAGACGCAAAAUAUACUACCGCGGAACGGAUUAUCAAAUUCCUGACAAUUCAUUUCCUAAUUGAUCCAUCAUUGAUUCGAAAGGCUAUAGCGAGUGAAUUCAAUGUCGUUUUUGAUACGCACAAUAUACGAUUCCGUCAUUGAAAAUAAUUGUCUGUAUUACCUUUCAUUUGCAUUGGAAUAAAAAAUAAUAUGUCUCACUAAAAUCGGAUCAAAUUAAUCAGAUCUAGUUUUCAAAGGGAUCGGAUUCGGAUAUUUUUGCCCGGGACUGUAUACAACAAAAUGGCGGAUCUAACUGGCACCGGAAGUACAUCAUCACGUGAUAAGUUUUUACUGGUGCAAAACUAACCUUGACACGCAGCAUUUAUAAGCUAACACCGAUAGGGAAUUUCUCAGUCUACUAGGCAGUUGGAACUUUAGAAAUGCCGAUGUUGAACUAUACACAGUUCACCUUGAACCUCACGACAACGGCGGUGACAGCAAACCCGACCGUUUCCACCCAUGCCGGGUCCCAUCCAGGUUCAUCACUUUCAAAUGAGAAACUGGUGAUAACAGCCACAGCUGUCGUGUUCUGCUUCCCCGUCCUCAUCAUCAGCAUCAUAUGCCUUCUACGACUCCGAGUUCAUCUUUUGGACAAGAGAGACAAGCAGUCGAUGAGAAGGAGAAACAUCGACCUAAAUGAAGAUGUGCGGAACGUGGACUACAGCGCAAUACGAGAUGAUAUGCAGCUCGAAGGAUAAUCGACUCUCAAGUGUUUUUAUAACUCGGGUUAUUUGUGAUAAAAAAAGAACAUAAUUUGUUUGUGAAAUAAUUAAAAUAGUUAAGAAAUUUAGGCGUCGAUUAAUAAAGGAAUUUACUUGUGUUAUAGUGGUAGGUCAAAUAGAAACAACAGACGAUGAAAUCAAUCUCCCUUGUUGUAUCGUGUAGUCUCACUCCUUUUUGUGAUCAAAACAGCAUUACUAUGUUCGGGUAAACGGGGUAGUUUAUGUCACUGUAAUACAUAUAAAAAGGACUAUGGACCCCUAGAAGUUUUGAUCUAGCUAUCAGUUAGAUAGUUUCCUCCUAACAGGAACAAAAAUGAACCUUUUACCUCCAUGAAGGAACGUACUGUACAAUGUAGGUCACGAACACCCCGGAGAUAAUCCGUUGUUUUCAAUACAUUUUGAGUACAUAUGUAUUUGGAAUUGUAAAACAUCGAAAGCAUAGGGCACAAUGUAUCGAACCAACCAUCUUCACCAAUGAGAACUUGACAUUAAGAUUGUUUCAACGAAUGCUGAUCUGACGAUUGCGAUUCUAGACCACUAGAUUCCAGCGCAGGACCGGAACUAGAUUUACUGAUGGCCAUUCCUUGAAUGCAAACUCAGGCCGCCAUUUUGGAUCAGCUGCUUCAAGAUUGUUGAAGUAGAGAUACCAGUAUCAAGUAGGCGAGACGUACACAAAUGUUCAAUGCGCUUUCGGUUUUUGUUUUUUUUCUAGUUAGUACGAUUCAACCACCAGCACUGUUUUCGUGAUGACCAGCCUGGAUUAUAGAGGUUCAGAUUUUGAUAUGAGAACGAAGUGGCCUUUUUGACGAAAUGUAUCGCCACGCGUUGUUUGUUGUCAGAAAUGCAAUGAAACAGUUGGUUUGAAGCAGUCAUACAGAGAAAUAACAACACUCCUGAAGCAGAAAUGCAGAAAUGACUGGAAGAAAAUCCAGGGAAACCACCACCCCCAAUCAGAUCAGCUGUGGCUACUUGACCGAAAAGACGCUACUACCAUCUACCGUCUAAGAACAGGCCACUGUGGCCUGCGUGGGCAUCUUAAACGUAUAGGAGUAAGAGACACAGCAGAAUGCCAAUGCCAGACAGCAGUGCAACACCAACGCACAUCCUACAGGACUGUCCCCUGUACCAGGAUUUACGAAAUAGAUUCUGGCCAAAGGACACGAAGGUCGAAGAAAAGCUGUGGGGACACAGCCGGACCUUCGGGCGACAAGCCGCUUCAUCUCCGCCACAGGACUGAGGUUAUAGUACUUAGGCAGGUUGAACGCUGAAGAAGAAGUUGGUGUGAAUGUUUGGUAUGCCCAGAAAAGCUAAUAAUACAAAACAAUUGCCUUGAUGGCGUCAACCAGAGAGAAAAAAUCGUUCUCGUUCUCGGAUCAGCAUCUGAACCUCUGUACUAUCUAACAUCACCAAUUGACACCUAAGUAUUGUUUUUCAUUGUCAACCCGCCUGCAUCUCAGAGCCUACGAACAGUAACACACGCACGAUCACCCCACCCCGGUCAUCAAUAUGAUCAUUCGCCACUUUCCUCAAGCAGAAAUCAAGUAGGACUUUUAGUGAGGUGACAGGUUUUGACCAAUCAAAACUACCGUAUGUGAUCAUGGCCGUGCUUUCUGGGCCGAACAAGCAUGAGAGCUCUCUUCUGCUUGGGCAAUACCUGUCAGAGAGUCUCAACUUGCUGCUUGAGGAAAGUGGCGAAAGUGGACUACUUAAGUAGGGGAGGAGUUCUUCAAGACAAUACGUUGUUUUUCCACAGUCAAUCAACAAGAAUAAACCAUCAA